AUGAUUUACUCUUUGUCGAAGUUUACCUUCCUCAUCACUUUCGCUUCGUCUAUUGUGCUUUUACUCGUUCUCCGAUCCUUCAAUGACACCCUUUACGCUCUUGAUAUAUCGAACUUCGCUGGACCAAGUGUUUCCUUAUCAGGCAAUACCGCCGGUGGUGCACGUGGACAUGGAGCUGGAAGUUGUCGAAUGGCCUGGAUGAACCCUUCUUACAUUCCGAUCGAUGGGUUCAAGUCUAGGCUCAAUGGAAAGUAUCAAGCUUACCUUUACCGAGAACAAGGCUGGGACACCGAGACUGAUCAGCCAAGUGGUUCCCCGGUACUCUUCAUUCCCGGAAACGCUGGAUCAUUUCGACAAGUUAGAUCCAUCGCAGCAGCCACGGCAAGUCUUUACUAUAAGGAAAAACUUGUGACGGAUCCAUCAAGCUUUCGGCAUUCUACACCUCAUCACCCUGGACUGGAUUUCUUCACCUUAGAUUACAAUGAAGAUCUUACAGCUUUCCAUGGAGAAACAUUAUUGGAACAAGCCGAAUUUGCUAACGAUGUUAUCAGUCACAUUCUCAAUAUCUAUGCCAGCUCUCGCCGGGGAAGUUCACUUCCUAAUCCUACUUCAGUCCUCAUCCUUGCACAUUCGAUGGGUGGAAUCGUUGCUCGAAAGAUGCUACUUAUGCCCAAUCACAUCAACGGCACGAUCAACACUAUCAUAUCACUCAGUACGCCCCAUACAAUCCCACCUAUCACACUAGACCGAGGACUAGAAACCGUGUACGAAGAUAUCAACAAGCUUUGGCGUGAGGCAUAUCUGGGGACGAGCCGAAUCAGUCAUCUGCAGGAUUUAGUUAUGGCCUCAAUAUCUGGAAGCACUUCCGAUACUACUGUCUCGCCUGACUCCAGCUCACUCCUCACCCUAUCACCGACACUUCACGGUCUGACGGUUUAUACUACCUCAAUGCCGGAAGUUUGGACGCCUACUGACCACCGAGCAAUUCUGUGGUGUGAUCAACUCCGGAUGGUCAUUGCCAAAGCUUUGUUAUUCAUCACCGACCCACGAUCUCCGUCUCAAGUCAAGCCUAAAGAGGAGAGAGCUGAGAUCUUGAAAUCUUAUUUCGCCAAUGGUCGCGGAUUACGUAUGGCCAGUGAUGAUAUAGUUGAAAGACCACUGAGCUCAUACUCCAACGCUGCCUCCUAUAAAGUUCAUCCGCCCCUGUCAAGGUUGAAACUCAGUUCUGAAGAUUUGAACCAACGCCAGCCAUUCGGUCAUGUUAUACCUUUGAAGCAGAAGGUUGAUUCCGAAUCAUCCUCUACUUCAUUCACCCUACUUACCAAUCUCCCACUUAGCGUUAGGUUGAAGGUCGUCGGGUGUCAUGGCAAUUUUGGGCGUGAUGCAACAAAUUUAUGUACAUCUCUCACCACUCGCUAUUCAACGAUGCUGCCAUCCUCUCACACCAAACUGCGCCCUGCCUCAAUUCCUGGUCCCGAUGACGAAAUAGACCCUCAUGAAAUAUUCAACUUCAUCGAGAUCCCAUCUUCAGACAUCUCAUCAUACGAUUUCUUCGUCGUCAUUACAUCUAACGCGCACAAGAGCCUCGCAAAAUCUAGUGAACCAGACUUCCUACUCUGCGAGUUUUCUUCCAAUGAUGCGAUCAGAAUUUUUGAUCAUCCUUUGUGGAGAUUAUCGUUCUGGGGCCUUGACUUUGAAAACUUUUCCACGACAAAUUCGACCCUAGUUUCGGAUAUAUACUUAUCAGGGAUGGAUAGCUCAUUAUUAGCUUUCAAGAUCCACGUCACAUAUCCCUCAACGUGUUUAGAGAACGGUUCAUUUGCACCUCUGAUGAGACAACAGACUCCGAUCUUGCAUGAGUCCAAGUUCCAUCCUAACAUCCAAUCCGCCCUUCUCUAUACCCAUUUUUCAACUGCCUACUCAUCUAUCCCCAAAUUGUCAACCGAUGAUGUGUUUCAAUCAGGAAGCGGAAUGCGAUUGACGUUCUGGAUGGAUCCUUUUGCAUGCGGCAAAAGUCGGCAAGAUGAGACGAUGAAGAUAAGGAUCAAAAUCGACUGGUAUGAGAGUGCAAGGAAGAUCAUUGUGUUAUAUCGAACUGCAUUGGUUGCUAUCCCGCUAGGGAUUGUGUCAGCUUCGUUUGCAAUCCAAAUACAACGGUACCGUCACUCAGGAGUAUUCCCUUCACUGGGAGUUGCCUUAUCGGUUCUUUCAGAGAAGUAUCUCUCGGGUUUCUUAGUCGCACUGAUCGGCGUACAAUUUGUUCAAUCCGCAAUCCUACGUGCUUCGUGGGCUAGGCAAACAAGACCAGGGGCAGACGAAGAUCGACCUUCUCACGUAGCUCUUGCGAUCACUUCUACCUGGAUAUCAGGAUUACUUUUAGGUGACCAUCAUCCAGAGUUUGCAUUGUUGGAUGGUUUGAUGUUUGUGAUUGGACUGGGAUGGACUUGUAUUGUCUAUAUCUUGUUACAUACAAUAUGUACACUCUUGACUAAAUUGAUGAUCGCUAUCUUGGGAGUAUCUAAUCGUCAAGGCGCCAGAAAUCUAUCUGGUUACCAUCAGGUCCCGGUACCAAGCUCACCAUCAAGGGUUUCGAUUCAAACCAUAGUCACCGCCACUUUGGUCCUCUUCACCACCUUUAUGGCACCAUACCAGUUUGCAUUCCUUGUCAUAUCACUUGUACAUCUCUUUCAGACCUUAUGGUCAUUAGGCGUAGCCAAAACUAACGAAAUACGUCAAAUUCGAUCAAUUGAGUCUUGGAAUAAGUUUCAUUAUUAUUUUACUACUUUGUUUUUAAUGAUUUGUUUAGUACCAGGAAAUGUGAUGGUGAUCACAGUUUGGGUUAAAAACUUAUCAAUAGGUUGGUAUAAACCAUUCUCUUCAGAUCGAAAGAUUUACUUUGUGAUUGGAUAUCUUCUUUGGUUUCAUCGGACUUGGAGCUCUAGUGGAAGUUUGGGCAUGCUACCUAGAUCAAAGAAGAGUUUGUUGUUGAAGUUCGCUAUGUGGCUGUCACUUGGGACAGGCCUGUUUAGCAUUCUCUAUGGUAUUCGAUAUACCUUUCAAAUAUUUGACCUCCUCAACCUUGUUUUUCUGUGCUUGGCCUUGUCACACUACACGGGAGUAUCCAACAAGUUGACAUAA